UUUUGUUUUUUCCCAAACCCUUCAACCACCAGGUAGCACUCGGUAGAUCAGAUAGAUGGAAGUAGAGGUGAAGCUACGCCUCCCUGACUCUGCCUCUCACCAGAAGCUUUCCGACCUCCUUAAACCCUUCCACAUCAUCACCCACCUCCAAGAGAACGUCUUCUUCGACGGUGCCGCCGCUGAGCUCUCAUCCAAGCGCGCUGUCCUCCGUAUCCGCUUCUACAACAGCGAUUCCCGUUGCGUCGUCUCUCUCAAAGCUAAAGCCGUUCUCGUUGAUGGCAUCAGCCGUGUUGAAGAGGACGAGGAAGAUAUCGAUCCCUCCAUUGGUCGUGCUUGUGUUGCCGAGCCAUGGCGGCUUGGUUCUGUUGAUUCUUCGAGGAUCUUGAGGAGGGUCAAGGAGGAAUUCCAACUCGCUAAUAACAAUUUCGUGUGUUUGGGUGGGUUUAGGAAUGUUAGGUCGGUGUAUGAUUGGAAAGGAUUGAAGUUGGAAUUGGAUGAGACCCAGUACGAUUUUGGAACGUGUUAUGAGAUUGAGUGCGAGAGCGAUGAUCCUGAAAACGUCAAGAAGUUGCUUGAAGGGUUCUUGACUGAUAAUGGGAUAAGCUAUUCUUAUUCGGAGGUCUCCAAGUUUGCCAUUUUCCGAUCGGGAAAGCUGCCAUAGGUCUGUUAUUCAUUCUGCUGGAUUAUUGUGGAUUCCUGUUAGCGUGGAACUGAUAAGUUUUAUUGGUGAUGAGAUGUGAUAGCCAAUAAGUUUAAUAAAU